AUGGCCUUUCCUCGUAUAAAUAACAUAAGAUUUUGACUUCUUCCCCCCUCUUUAUCUUUAUUAUUAACAAGAAGAAUAGUUGAAAUAGGGGCAGGAACAGGAUGAACUGUUUAUCCUCCUUUAUCUAGAAAUAUUGCCCAUGCAGGAGCUUCUGUUGACUUAGCUAUUUUUUCUCUUCAUCUAGCCGGAAUUUCCUCAAUUUUAGGAGCCGUAAACUUUAUUACCACAAUUAUUAAUAUACGAACAACAGGAAUCUCUUUUGAUCGAAUAUCUCUUUUUACUUGAUCUGUUAUAAUUACAGCAGUUCUAUUACUUCUAUCUCUCCCUGUUCUAGCAGGAGCUAUUACUAUAUUAUUAACAGAUCGAAACCUAAAUACAUCUUUUUUUGAUCCUGCUGGAGGAGGAGACCCAAUUUUAUAUCAACAUUUAUUUUGAUUUUUUGGCCACCCUGAAGUCUAUAUUUUAAUUUUACCAGGAUUCGGAAUAAUUUCUCACAUUAUUAGAAACGAAAGAGGUAAAAAAGAAACAUUUGGAACUUUAGGAAUAAUUUACGCUAUACUAGCAAUUGGACUUCUUGGUUUUAUUGUUUGAGCACAUCAUAUAUUUACUGUUGGAAUAGAUGUUGAUACCCGAGCUUAUUUUACUUCUGCAACUAUAAUUAUUGCAGUUCCUACAGGAAUUAAAAUUUUUAGUUGAUUAGCAACAAUCCAUGGAUAUCAAUUAUCAUAUUCUCCUUCUUUAUUAUGAGCAUUAGGUUUUAUUUUUUUAUUUACUGUUGGUGGAUUAACAGGAGUUAUUUUAGCAAAUUCUUCUAUUGAUAUUAUUCUUCACGAUACAUAUUAUGUUGUUGCUCAUUUUCACUAUGUAUUAUCUAUAGGGGCUGUAUUUGCUAUUAUAGGAGGGUUUAUUCACUGAUAUCCUUUAUUUUCAGGGUUUAACAUAAACUCAUAUCUUUUAAAAAUUCAAUUUUCAAUUAUAUUUCUAGGAGUAAAUUUAACCUUUUUCCCUCAACAUUUUCUUGGAUUAGCAGGAAUACCUCGACGAUACUCAGACUAUCCAGAUAUUUAUACCUCAUGAAAUAUAAUCUCUACUCUUGGUUCAUCAAUUUCUCUUUUAAGAAUUAUACUAUUUAUUUAUAUUAUUUGAAAAAGAAUAAUUUCAUACAAUCAAAUAAUUUUUCCUAUUCAAAUUAACUCAUCAUUAGAAUGAUUUCAUAACAUUCCUCCAGCAGAACAUUCAUAUUCUGAAUUACCUAUUUUAUAUAAUUAUCUAAUAUGGCAGAUUAGUGCAAUGAAUUUAAGCUUCAUAUAUAAAGAACCUCUUUUAUUAGAAAAUGGCAACAUGAUCAAACCUUAACCUUCAAGAUAGAGCAUCUCCUUUAAUAGAACAACUUAUUUUUUUUCAUGACCACACUCUUAUAAUUUUAGUUAUAAUUACUAUAUUAAUCAGAUAUCUAAUAAUUAUAUUAUUUUUUAAUUAUUUUACAAAUAAAUUUCUCUUAUCAGGACAAAUAAUUGAAAUUAUCUGAACAAUUAUCCCUGCAAUUAUUCUUCUAUUCAUUGCCUUCCCUUCACUUCGUCUUCUUUAUCUUUUAGAUGAAAUUAACUCUCCUUCAAUUUCUUUAAAAACAAUCGGACAUCAAUGAUAUUGAAGUUAUGAAUAUUCAGACUUCAAAAUAAUUGAAUUCGACUCUUAUAUAAUUCCUAAUAAUGAACUUAAUAAUUUUAACUUUCGAUUACUUGAUGUAGAUAAUCGAAUUAUCCUUCCUAUAAAAUCUCAAAUUCGAAUUAUUGUAUCUGCAACUGAUGUUCUUCACUCUUGAACAAUUCCAUCAUUAGGAGUAAAAAUCGAUGCUUCCCCUGGACGAUUAAAUCAAACAAAUUUUUUAAUCUAUCGUCCAGGCUUAUUCUAUGGCCAAUGUUCAGAAAUUUGCGGAACUAAUCAUAGUUUUAUACCUAUUGUAAUUGAAGCAAUUAAAUUAAAUUACUUUAUAAACUGAUUAAAAAACUAUAACUAAUC